AUGAAGUUGGAUUUGAACUUGCUACGGAGACAGGAGGAAGCCGACCCGUAUCAAACUACUCGCGAACUGACAGUCGCUCUUGGAAUGAGUCAAACCACAGUUGUUCGCGGAUUGAAGUCAAUCGGCAAGGUGCGAAAACUAGGUCGAUGGGUACCACAUGUUCUGAUGCAGUAUGAGAUGGACUGCCGCGCUGAUACGGCACAUUCUCUCCUCACGCUCAAGCGCACCUACACGUGGCUUGAGCACCUAGUCACCGGGGAUGAGAAGUGA